GAGGAAUGUUGCGGUUACGGACGUAUGCUUUGCUCAAUAACUAAACCAAGUUACCUAGUAGGACUGUGGGUAGUUUAUGUAGAGGCGAUCUCAUGAAUCAAUGGGAUCAGUUAGGCCUAUCACGAGCACAGCAAAUCUUAGUUUUCAGUAGUUUGCGGCUCCACGUUACAUUGAUUUUGUCAAUUGGUGGCAUCUUCUAGCGUUGUUAUUAAAUUCUAUAGAUCUAGUCAAGUGGAGCCUACUGCUUUGGAGCCAAAGUAGGUUAAAUCCCGCAAGAAAGUUUUACGACUUAAAGGAAGCACAUGGGGCAGUGUGCUUGCAAAGACUGCAAGGAAGAGCAAGAUGAAACUGCUGUGAGCCUGCCCAAUAAUGUCGAGCAACAAGGACACACCUAUCGACACGUUUCUUCUCUCCAGAAUUUAAUGAAUGCGAAAUUAGCGGCAAGUAUUGACAAGCUUGUGCUAGACUCCUUGGCAGCAAUUCGCAGCUUUGUUGACAAGACAGCUUGGCAUGAAAGGCUCCUCAGUACAUUUCCUUUCUUACAGGAUACUCUGAUGGCGUUGCCAGAAGAUUUUGGUGUUUGUGCUGAGAAUAGUGCACAGAACAGUAAGGAUGUUAUUCAACAUCGAAACCUCUGUGUUGUGUUGGGAUGCUUAGCAGAAAAAAUGGCCGGUCCAAGCAGCAUUGCCAUAUCCUCUGAGAGCACUCUGGAUUAUAUCAUUGCCAACUUGGAUGAGUCCUGCCAUCCAGCAGUGUCUCUUUUUGCUAUCAUCGCAUUGGAGAAAUUUGCACAGACCUGUGAGAAUAAGGAAGGCUGUGGGAUUGGAGAUGACAAAUAUUCUCUGGCUUAUGAUGGAUGUCGACAAUUCAUUUGGCAUAAUGCAAUGCACUGGUCUCAUACCCAUCCAUGCUGGAAGCCAGGUGACAUCUUAGGUUGCCUGCUUGACCUGGAAAAUUUGGAAAUGGUUUUCUCAUUGAAUGGUUAUCUGCUGGAUCCUUGUACUGAGGUCUUCCAGUACAGCAGAUCAGGAUUCUAUGCAGCUGCAAGUUUUAUGCCCUUCACACAUGCCAUUUUCAAUUUUGGACAUACUCCAUUUCAAUAUCCCCCCAGGGAAAGAAACUUCAGCACGUUCAAUGACAAGGGACAUCUCGCUGAUGACAUGAGAGUGAUUUUGCCCAGGUAA